UCUUUUAUGCUGCUAAUAAAGACAUACCAGAGACUGGGUAAUUGAUAAAGAACAAGAGGUUUAACGGACUCACAGUUUUACGUGUCUCGGGAGGCCUCACAAUCAUGGCGAAGGCAAAGGAGGAGCAAAGUCAUGUCUUACAUGGCAGCAGGCUGGAGUGCAAUGGUGCGAUCUCAGCUUGCUGCAAACUCCGCCUCCUGGAUUCAAGCGAUUCUCCUGCCUCAGCCUCCCGAGUAGCUGGGAUUACAGGACACUUUUAAAGAUUGGAAUGAUCUCGUUCUUGAAACCUUGGUGUACCCUCCUCUGAAAUCAAAACUCUUUAAUUAAAGAGACAUGAAAUGACAAGAUUUUUUAAAAAUCCCAUGAGGAGAAGGCAUUCUAAUUUAGGCAUUGUGCCUAGUAGGCUGACCUCUACAGACUACACAGACCUAGCUCCAUUGUCUUCUGGCUUCCUGGUGGAUCCAGCCAGUGGAAGACCCCAGCUGGAUAUCAGAGCUGGGAGAACAGAGAGGUGUGGUUUCCCGUAAGGAAGCUCUUCUUCCUGCUUGGCUUCCACCUUUAACCCUUCCACCUGGGAGAGUCCUCUAACACAUUCAGACUACAAGUCCAGACCCAGGAGAGCAAGGCCCAGAAAGAGGUCAAAAUGGGGUUUAUAUUUUCGAAAUCUAUGAAUGAAAGCAUGAAAAAUCAAAAGGAGUUCAUGCUUAUGAAUGCUCGACUUCAGCUGGAAAGGCAGCUCAUCAUGCAGAGUGAAAUGAGGGAAAGACAAAUGGCCAUGCAGAUUGCGUGGUCUCGGGAAUUCCUCAAAUAUUUUGGAACAUUUUUUGGCCUUGCAGCCAUCUCUUUAACAGCUGGAGCGAUUAAAAAAAAGAAGCCAGCCUUCCUGGUCCCGAUUGUUCCAUUAAGCUUUAUCCUCACCUACCAGUAUGACUUGGGCUAUGGAACCCUUUUAGAAAGAAUGAAAGGUGAAGCUGAGGACAUACUGGAAACAGAAAAGAGUAAAUUACAGCUGCCAAGAGGAAUGAUCACUUUUGAAAGCAUUGAAAAAGCCAGAAAGGAACAGAGUAGAUUCUUCAUAGACAAAUGAAAUCAUGUUUACCAAUCAAAUCUCAAAGCACAGAAUUAUUGACUUGAAUCAUGGUUUUUACAGUUUUUUAAAUGCUCAAGAUUUUGAUAUUAUAGAUUUUAUUUUAAAAUAUUAAAAUGCAAGAUAGUUUUGAGCUAUUUUAAAAUAAAAUUUAUAACAUUCAACACAAAAUCAUGGAGGUGCUCUAAAUAACUUUUAGAUUUCCUCUCUCUGUGUGCAUUACCAAUAUCUAAGUGUAAAAUUAAUAAAUUGUUUUGAAUUCCUGGAAGCAAA